AUGCCCAGCGACACGCGCCCAACACAUUUUGGCACACAACCUGACCACCUCGUUGACCCUGAACUCUUGCGUCAAUUGAAUACUAAAAGAGAUGUUCUUGUGAAUGCAUAUGACCAAAUCGCUCAAGCACUUAGAUUUGCUGCAAAAGCCUGUGAUGAAUUCCAAUCUUUAAUCCCAAGGGAUGUAGGUAUUGUUCCUGGGGAUGGUCACAUGAGUGGAUCCGGCCACUCUUUACAUCAUUCAAGAAAAUUAAAAAAGUCUCAGAUAAAAGAUCCAAAUGCACCAAAACGUCCAAAUACGGCUUAUAUUUUGUUUAGCAAUGAAAUUCGCGCUGAGACAAAAGCCGAUAACCCAAAUGCAAACCAAAAAGAAAUCGUAACUCUUAUAGGUCAAAAAUGGAAAGCUUUAUCAAGAGAACAAAAAAAAGUUUAUGAAGACCGCUAUUUCGCUGACAAAGAACGAUACGAUGAAGAACUUCGUGUAUAUAGAGCGACCCAUGGGCACGUAGAAUCACCCCCUGAAACUUCUUCCAAUGAAGAUAACGGUGAUCAUGGUGCAGCCUCGGCUUCCAAACUUGUUUCUAAUGCACCAAAUGUUUAUGUUCCCCAUUUGGGUCCUAUUUCCACAACUUCUGUUGGUGCAAUUCAAGGUGAUGUUAGCACAAUGCCUAUUUCGGUACCACCAUCGGAAACAGAAAAUACUGCUUUGUUUGAAUCUUUCAUUGGUGCAUUCCCAACAGGGGAACAGCAAGAUGCGUUUGCUGCGGCAAUAGCAACAACAGUUGACGCUAUUUCUGGUUCACCUUCUAUUGCGACAUCUACUUUAAAUAAACGUACCUCUCCUGAAAUUGACUCUGCUGACGUCUCAAAGCAAGAUGAUGAGGCGCCUGCUGCAAAAAGAACACGUGCUUCCUCAAAAAAAACCAAUGAGGAUGUUUUUAACCCUCCGGCUGAUGAUCUUGGGACUAACACUGAGCAGAAUGAUCCGGUCGCAACAACAAAGAGAACAAGAACUAAACGAGGAGCUGCCAAUGGCCCUGCAUCAACAUCUCAAUCCAAAGCUGCUUCUGCCACUACUCGUAGUCGACAUUAUAUGGAUCCGGUUCGGAACUCAAGUCGACGCGGUGGAAAUGUUUCUUUUACAUAA